UUUUCGUAUGGAAUAACUCUGAAAAAUUCGUGGAAAUUGGUAACCACCGGUAAAGAGUAUAUAUUUUCGUGUCGGGAUAAGGCAUCUAAGCUGGAGUGGGUUGAUCACAUGCGAAGGCGUAUCAGUGGUUCACCACCAACACAAGAUGAACGGAGGCUUGUUCGUGAUACCCUCUGUGGUAUAUCAGGUGAAUCUUAG